AUGUCAUUCUCCAGAACCACGUCAACUCGCAGCCUUGAGACGCUAACAACGCGCCGCGCCAAACAGAACCAGGACAUCUUCGUCGGCCUCGGCUUCCAGCUCUUGCCUCCCGACACGGCCGGUGGCAACAGACAGAUGGAGGCAACGCUCGUGUACCACGACGGCACGGGUGUGACUGAUCGCGAGACGCGAUACAUUGACUAUGACGACACGCUGGACCAGAACGGCAACCCCCAGGGCAAUAACGCCGUGGGCCAUGAGCUGGUCGAGCACAUCCGCCAUGUCCAGGACUCGCAGAUUGUCAACGUCCGUCUCGUUGCCAUUGCAGAGCCUGUCCCAGAAGAGAUGCGCAACACAAAGGGUCGCAUGUAUUGGUCAACCACUUGGAUGCACCUGGACGCCAUCCCCUUCAUCAUCGUUCCACCUACACACAUCUUCACCAAGCUCCCCGCGCCUUCCACACUCGCUGGUGCAACGUCGGCCGUGAGCGAAGCCCUCACCCGGCUUCACCCCGCUACCCACUCGGCGACAGUGGCGACCACUGACCCCAUCGACCACCAUGUCGAGGUAGACUGCCGCGGUGAUGUCCGCCUGUGCACUUCCAAGCAGUACAUCGACAGCACCAGUCCAGAGCUGUGGUCGCGCUUUAUCGCGCUUGCCGAGCUGCUCAACGCGAACAAGAUCAAGAUGGCCUUCUUCAGCGCGACGCCCCAGGGCGGUGGUGUCGCCCUCAUGCGCCAUGCGCUCAUCCGUCUCUGGCGCCUUGUCGGUGUUGACGUCAAGUGGUAUGUGCCCGAGGGCCACCCGUCCAUCUUCGACAUCACGAAGCGCAAGUUCCACAACGUCCUCCAGGGUGUGGCGCCGGAUGGUGUCGAGAUCGAUGACACGGACAAGGCGAUGUUCGAGACUUGGAUCGAGCAGAACUAUGACACGUUCUGGGCCAAGGGCGCCCUCGACGCCGAUGUCAUCAUAAUUGACGACCCGCAGCCCGCGCCUCUCAUCCCGAUCAUCAAGAAACACAACCCCAAGGCCAAGCUCAUGUUCCGCUCCCACAUCCAAGUCCAAUCUCCUCUCGCCGACGACCCGUCAACCCCGCAAUACCGCACGUGGAACUAUCUUUACAACUUUAUCAAGGACACCGACCUGUUCCUGUCGCACCCCGUCGACUACUUUGUCCCAAAGAAUGUCCGCGAGAACAUGCCAUUGCUUUACAUGCCUCCGGCUACUGACCCCCUCGAUGGCCUCAACAAGCCGUACGGGCGCGCGUCCAAGUUGUACUUCCGCCAAGUCUUCAACGACCUUGCGCGCAAGCAAGGUGGAGUCACUAUGGACUGGUCGCGCGGGUACAUCUGCCAGAUUGCGCGCUUCGACCCUUCCAAGGGCUACGACGUGCUGCUUGAGGCCUACCGCGACUUCCGCGUGGCGCUCAAGAACGAGGGCGUUGACCGCGCCAACACGCCGCAGCUGGUCCUCAUGGGCCACGGGUCUGUCGACGACCCGGACGGCGGCCCGAUCUACAACGGCCUGCACGAGAUCCUCGCGCAGGACGACUACAAAGUCGUCCGCGAGGACGUCGCGAUCGUGCGCGCGCCCCCGUCCGAUAGCAUCCUCGGCUGCAUCCUCCAGGGUGCGUGGGUCGCGACGCAGCUCAGCACGCGAGAAGGCUUCGAGGUCAAGGUCACUGAGGCGGUGCACAAGCGCGUCCCCAUCAUCAUCUCCGACGCCGGUGGCAUUCCCCUCCAGGUCAAGGUGGGCGUGAACGGCUGGGUGGUGCCGGCCGGGGAAUCAGGUCCAGUCGCAGACCUCCUCCUCGACAUCUACCACGGCAAGGAAUCGGCGCACCGUCCCCUCGCCCACGCCCUCGCCCGCCCCCACAUCCGGUCCCAGAAAGGAGGCGACGACCCCGACGCACUCGCUGAGAGGUGGGCGGACAACUUUUGCCCGCCUGUCGCGCCCAAGCGCGACGACAGCGGCGCGACGAGCGAGGACUUUUGGACUGUCGGCAACGCCGCGCGCUGGAUGCUCUUGGCCACGCGCCUCCUGGGCCUCAAGCCCGAGGGCAAGGACACCGAGCUCCUCGAGAGCAUGGGCGUCGGCGUGCCGAUUGCCAAGGUCGGCGAGGAGGGUAAUGGUCUCAAUGUGUGGAAGCUGCUCAUGGGCAAGGACAUGCCUGAGGGUGAGGGGAAGGUGAUCUUCUAG